UAGUUAGGUUGAGCGUGUUGUAAACCUGCCGUAUACAUUGAUAAGACUGACUGUAUCGCGAAGUUUAUCUUCUACAUAUUUCAGGUAGAACAUAGAUAAAUUAGCAUUGGUAUUUACUUGGAACAGAUCACUGGACCUUGACCGUUUUGAAGUCACAUGCUGACUGUUUGUCUUUUCAUUUCCAGAAAGCCUGCAGGGAAAAAGUUUGGUCACCCCUGCACUAGAGUUUCCACAGUCUCCAAAGUUUCCUGGUUCUCUCAUAAUGACAGACCCUCAGCCAUCUGUACUCCUCAACAAUGAUAUUCGGAUGCCUCUCUUGGGAUUAGGCACUUUCCGUUUGCAGGGUCAAGAAGACACUUACAGUGCUGUGGAUGCUGCUUUGAAAGCUGGUUAUCGUGCCUUUGACACUGCUGCAGUGUAUCGUAAUGAGGCACAUCUAGGUCAUGCCCUCCGUUGCCUGCUGCCCAAGCAUGGCCUCUCACGAGAAGAUGUUUUCAUUACUAGUAAACUGGGUCCUAAAGAUCAAGGCUCCAAAGCCAGGGAUGGUUGUCUGAGGAGCCUGGAGCAGUUGGGACUGGGCUACAUUGACCUAUAUCUUAUUCACUGGCCAGGUACCCAGGGGCUGCCCGUUGGGGAUAAACGAAAUCCUGAAAACCGUGCUCAAAGCUGGAGAGUUUUGGAGGAGUUCUACUCCGAGGGCAAAUUUCGAGCCAUUGGAGUGUCUAAUUACACAGUAGAGCACAUGCAGGAGCUGUUGAAGAGCUGUAAAGUCCCCCCGGCAGUUCUUCAGGUUGAGUUUCACCCAAAACUGCUCCAAAAUGACCUGAGGGGUCUGUGCAAGAUUAGAGGGGUGUGUUUUUCAGCAUAUUCAUCCCUUGGAACUGCUCUUCUGUCAAAUCCUGUUGUUCUGGAAAUUGCUAAAGAGUCCGGUAGGACCCCAGCCCAAGUUGUUGCUGAGGUGGCUGUACAACAGAGCAUUGCUGUUCUGCCAACAUCAUCUCAGCCAGAACGUGUGGAGGAGAAUGGGAUACUGUUUGACUUUGAGAUUAGCGAGAACGACAUGGAAAGGCUCUCUGCACUUGACUGUGGGGAGAAAUUCUGCUGGGAUCCAACACAAGUGUCUUAAUUGAGAGAAUUGAUUUACAAAUACUGAGGAACUCCUCCAAUUUCUGAUUCAUAGCCCACAACAUAACCCACAUUUUAUGACUGGCCUGGUACUGUAACUCUUGCUUAAAUCAGAUUCGGAAGCAAUUUAUCUAUUAACAAGUUGAAAUAUACAAUCUACAUAGCUGGACUCUGAAAUGUCGUGAGAAUUAUUUUUUUAAAGCUGUAUGUUCAGGUUCAGCCUCUGUUUACAUUUGCUUGUGUGCCAGAACAAUUUCCUGGAGUAUGACUAAUAGACAAGUGAGCAAAGUCAUUUAAUAGACACUGCUAUGUACUAUCAACAUGAAGAACAGUGCGUGGACUUUACACUUUUGUGAGAAUAACAAACAGUGCUGAAAGUAGUUUAUUAGGUUUUUAUUAGAAUAUAUUGGUUACAAACAAUAGAAAAAUAACAUCACAGUAAAAUAAUUGUCUUAAUUCAUAAAAAGUUACAAGGCAUUUAAAAUCUGUCAUUUUCAAGUAAUACCAGCAACGAUGGUGUCCCCCGUUCUUACAAUCUUGGAUAUUUAGACCCAUCUUUGUUUCUGGGCUCUUGUGCUUAUUGGUGUUGUUGUUUGUGUGGACAAUUCCAAGACAUUUUUAUGACUCUGAGAUGAUGAUAACUCUGGGCCUUCGAAGUGGCCAAAGGUCCUUCACAGUAAAACCAGAUUUUGUACAGCUGACUGUCUAACAGUAUGGUUAGAUAUGAUAUCUAAUGUUUCUGACGUUCAUUUGUUAAAACAUUUCAUCUCAAAACCGAUACGGGAGAGUGACAAAGUCUGUGCUUUGCGCAAGUUUACGUUCACAUUUAUAAAGUUUACUGCAUAACAA